CAUCCUUUUUUUCUGUAAUUCCUCAGGCAGCAGUUCCUGUCCAAAGAUCCUUAUCGUUUCAUCUCCUUGCCCCCCAAGCAAGACAGACACAUCAGUUAAUGAGAAUGUAUGUGAUGAGGCUCAGGGAAUAAAUGGAAAAGCACCAGUUAAAGCGUCCGCCUAUCCAGCUGCACGUCCAAAGCCACAAGUGCCUCCAAAACCAUUACAUCUGCAGAAUUCACCUUCAUCCAAUCAAUUCCAGACCCCCAAGCUUAAAACUUUACCCAGUAUAAAACCAGGGAUGGAGGAAGUUAAGCCUGCCCCUGCUUUUAUCUCAAAAGAAAAGCCCAGCAAAGUAUCGGAUCUCAUCAGCCGCUUUGAAGGAGGCAGCUCAUCAUCCAAUUCUUCUGACAUGAAGAAGGAACCUUCUGUUAGUCAAACCGUUUCUAAAGCUCAAGGAAGACAUGGAUUGGCAACAGCCCUUCAGCCAAAACUCCUAUCUCAGCAUCCACUACAGAAGCAGGAAAUCAAUACAGACCAAACUCAGGAUGUCCAGAAACACACGGCCAAUGGUGUGAUUGGAGCACAAAAAGAGAUGGAAUGUGAAGACAAUAAAUUUCCCACUGUUAGCCCUGAUACUUCUAAUCAGACUUUGGAACCAUCCCUUCAGAAUAGCUUAGCGAAUGGAGAAAAGGACAGAACAGCUUCCGAUUCCUCCUUCCCCACGACAAAUAUCUGCGAAGGAAGUGCUAUAAGGAGUUGUUGCAGGACUUCUAGUCAGAACCCCUUACUUUUGUUGGAGAAGGAACACGUGGAAAUGAAAUCUGCUCCAGAAGAAGAAAGAGAUGAAGAAAGUCCACUUGAACUUGAGAAGCAGGAUCCAUGCAUAGAAACCAAGGAGACAGAUGAACAGAAACUUCACAAAAUUGCCACUGAACUCUUGUUUACAGAAAGAGCCUAUGUUAAUCGACUUGACCUUUUAGACAAGAUAUUUUAUUGCCAACUUUUAGAAGAAGCUAAUCGAGGCUCAUUUCCAGCUGAGAUGGUGAACAAGAUAUUUUCCAAUAUUUCAUCAAUAAAUGCAUUCCACAGUAAAUUCCUUUUGCCAGAGCUGGAGAAACGAAUGCAAGAAUGGGAAACAACUCCUAGGAUUGGGGACAUCCUCCAGAAGCUGGCUCCUUUCCUCAAAAUGUAUGGAGAGUAUGUGAAAGGCUUUGAUCAUGCAAUGGAAUUAGUUAAAAACAUGACCGAACGGAUAGCCCAGUUUAAAUCAGUAGUUGAAGAAAUUCAGAAACAAAAGAUCUGUGGGAAUUUGACACUACAACAUCACAUGCUAGAACCUGUCCAGCGAAUCCCCCGCUACGAGCUGCUCGUGAAGGACUAUCUAAGGACAUUGCCUCCUGAUUCCCCAGACUGGAAGGAUGCUAAAAAAUCACUUGAAAUUAUCUCCACUGCAGCAAGCCAUUCCAAUAGUGCAAUACGGAAAAUGGAGAAUCUUAAAAAGCUAUUAGAGGUUUAUGAAAUGUUGGGCGAAGAGGAAGACAUUGUUAAUCCCUCAAACGAGCUGAUCCGGGAAGGCCAGAUCCUUAAGCUUGCAGCUCGAAACACAUCAGCUCAGGAACGUUAUCUUUUCCUAUUCAACAACAUGUUGCUCUACUGCGUGCCAAAAUUCAGCUUGGUGGGAUCUAAAUUCUCAGUUCGAACUAGAGUGGGUAUCGAUGGGAUGAAAAUUGUAGAAACGCACAAUGAAGAAUACCCACACACCUUUCAGGUUUCUGGAAAAGAACGAACCCUGGAACUACAGGCCAGUUCUGAGCAAGACAAAGAAGAAUGGAUCAAGGCACUCCAGAAUACUAUUGAAGCUUUUCAUCAAAGGCACGAAACCUUCAGAAAUGCUAUAGCAAAAGAUAAUGACAUUCACUCGGAGGUUUCUACCGCCGAGCUUGGGAAAAGGGCCCCGAGGUGGAUCCGGGACAACGAGGUCACCAUGUGCAUGAAGUGCAGGGAGCCUUUCAACGCCCUGACCAGGAGGAGGCAUCACUGCCGAGCUUGCGGACACGUCGUCUGUUGGAAAUGUUCCGACUAUAAAGCUCAGCUUGAAUACGAUGGUGGCAAGUGGAACAAAGUUUGUAAAGACUGCUAUCAGAUAAUAACUGGAUGCACAGACAGUGAAGAGAAGAAAAAGAAAGGAAUCUUGGAGAUUGAAUCAGCAGAGGUUUCUGGAAAUAGCGUCAUAUGCAGCUUUCUCCAUUAUAUGGAAAAGUCUAAGCCCUGGCAGAAAGCGUGGUGUGUGAUCCCUAAACAAGAAGCUCUCGUGCUCUACAUGUAUGGAGCCCCACAGGACGUCAGAGCUCAAGCAACCAUUCCGCUCCUGGGCUACAUGGUGGACGACACACCGAAGAGUGCUGAUCUCCCUCACAGCUUCAAACUGACCCAGUCCAAGUCUGUGCAUAGCUUUUCUGCAGACAGUGAAGAAAUGAAACAGAAAUGGUUGAAAAUCAUCCACUUGGCUGUCAAAGGUGAGACCCCGGAGUAUCCGAGUGAACUGCAAGUCACUGUAAAUGAGCCUCCUGGACUGACGAGAAAACCAGAGUGCUGAGUUCCAGGUUCCCGCUGCAGACUUCUCAGAGAACUCUAGGUGUGCUGUGGCAGCGGUGGGGUCACGGGACGAGCAAGCCAAGAGGAGAAGCGCUCCUGGAGACGACACAUCCCCAGCAACCCGACACCUUUUAGCACUUUACGUUGAAAAUACAGGUUCAUGAGGAAAUCGUGGGGGCGGGGGCAGAAACAGACUAUUUUCCUAAACUUCUGU